CAAAAGCUGAAGAAGACAAAGAAAAAGAGGAUGAGAAAGAGAGUGAAGAAGAGGCUCAGAAGGACGAUAGAGGUUCUGAGGAAGAGAAAGAACCUGAACCUGAAGCAGAAGCUGAAGAAGACAAAGAAAAAGAUGUUGAAACAGAGGCUCGGGUUGAGGUUCAAGAUGAGGUUGAGAUGAAUGAAGCCAAUGAGAUUGAAGAAGAGGUUGAAAUAGAGGCUCAGGUUGAAUUUGAAACCGAGAAAACUCCUACACCACCACGUGGUAGGACUAAGGCAGCAGCCGCGAGGAGACAAGUCCUUACAACACCAGAGAAGUUGUUCGAAAAAGCUGAAAAAAUGGUGGAGGAAGAGGUGGAAGAACCUGAGGAAGAAGAGGUGGAAGAACCUGAGGAAGAGGCUGGAAAAAUGGUGGAGGAAGAGGUGGAAGAACCUGAGGAAGAGGCUAAAGAAAUGGUGGAGGAUGAGGUGGAAGAACCCGAGAAAGAGACUGAAAAAUAUACUGAGGAAGAAAAGCAAAAGUGGUACAUGGUUGUCUACGAAGGCAGUACUUGUGAAACGAAGGAAGCUGGCAAGGGAGCAGCCAAGCCUUCUGGAACUGGGGUCAAGCAUAGGCCAAAGCAAAUGGCGUUGAGGAAGCAGGCUCCUAAGUAG